AUGUCGAUAACUAAAAGUCUUAAACAAUUUAAUCCUUUAUGGAUCAACUGUGAUAAUAUUCACAGCGUAUGCAUGCAAAGCAAAGCCUGCAAAGACAGGGUAAUACACGACAAGGAUGAAUGUUUGGAAUAUAACAAAAACUUCGUCUGUUGCCGGGUGGCUCAUAUCCGCAUGCCCGUCGAUAUGUUUGACAAUUAUGAU